UAUUAUAACUAACCGCUGGAACCGUGCACAACAAACAUUACAAAUGAAGUAUUUUGCAUAAUUAAAUCGCUCGAAAGCGGUACCGUUGGCGUAAAAGCGUGUCCUAUACGAAUCAACAUAACUAAGUGUUGAAAAUGAAGAUUAACGAGAAGAAUUUGUGUGCGUUCGCGUCGUCGGCGACGCCGGUGGACCGGGAGGGCUGGCUGGAUAUGCGGGAGGCGGGCAAGAGCUACACGCGCCGCUGGUUCACAUUGAAAGGGAAUCUGUUGUUUUACUUCGAUAAGAAGGGGGAUAAGGAGCCAGCGGGCGUCAUUGUGCUGGAAGGAUGCACUAUUGAGCUAACAGAAGAAGAGGAAACCUACAGCUUUAAGAUCGUCUUCCAGUGCGAGGGUGGACGGACAUUCUACCUGUGCACCAACUCACAGGCCUCCAUGGAGGCGUGGAUGAAAGCUCUGGCUUGCGCCAGCUAUGACUACAUGAAGCUCAUGGUAGCAGAGCUGCAGAGGCAGUUGGAUGAAGCUGAAGCGGAGGCAGCGGCAGAGGCCGCAGCGUUAGUGACCACACCGACUGAAGAGCCGCGCGCGCCGCCGCGGGGACAGAGAUACAAUCCCUUCAACAAACUACCAGAGAACGAGCCAAAGGCCGUACCGGGCAGCAGGCACCAUAAAGAGAACCUCCGACCAGACAUUUCUCGCAAGAAGGUCCCUUUCCGCGACAUCCACACCGCCUUUGGCCGCAAGAUCCUCUUGGACCGUAGCGAGUGGCGCGCCACGCUUGCUAAACGACAGAAGGUUGUGGAAUCACCGCUUAUACAGCUAUAAUAUCGCAAAAAAUGGAAGUUGAAAUAUUAUCAUUCGUCUGUGAUUUUAAUAAAGAGUGCAGACGCUGUUAAACUUUGAGACUUCGCUUCGACGUUCACAUCGCCUUCGUCCGCAAGAUCCUCUUGGACCGUAGCGAGUGGCGCGCCACGCUCGCUAAACGACAAAAAGUUGUGGAAUCACCGCUUAUACAGCUGUAAUAUAGCGAAUGGAAAGUUGAAAGAGCAUUCGUCUGCAAUUUUAAUCAAGAGCAAUACACAAUUGAACUUCUAGACCCUCACGCUUAGACAUUCACCUUUUUGGGCGCAAGAUGCUUGGCGAACGCGGCGAGUGGCACACCACGCUGGCCGAGCGACAAAAAACGGUAGAAUCACCGCUAAAAGUGACAGAAGCUUGUAACAUCAUCGCUUACAGACAUUAUAAGAAGCGAUAGAAAGCUGUUGAAUCGUCACAUAUACAUUUGUAAGAAGCAAUGAAAUGGUGUGUGAUCACAGCUUAUACAGUUUGAAAAAGCGACGCAACUUCACCACUUAAUGAGAUUUAGUCGCACAAUAAAUGUUCUGUUUCGCGACCUUCACACCUUCCGCCAAGUUCCGUCGUGGACGGAACCUUUUACACAAAUACUCUAGUAUUUAUGUAUCUCACGAUUUCUUUUACGUUUUGGUUCACCGCCUGCACUUUAGCUAUAAUUAGGCUUUAAUAUGUAAUAGGAUAAGAGAAAGGCCUUUAGGUACUUAAAUAAAUUCUAUGAGAUGACUUUUAGGCAAACAAUCUCUUUAAUGGUUUAAGGAAGAUUUUCGAAAUCAAUGCGGUGCCUGUUCAUGAGAACUUUGUAUGUAAUUAUGUGUUUUUAUGAGUAUUGCAAUGAUUAUCACAGUUUCACGGUGAAAAAACAACUUUAGGAUUAGAAGCUACAAAAUAUUUCGAAUUACGUAUUAUAAUUAUUAAUGAUCCGUUGACCCAACUUUUGAUUUGAUUCAUCCUGUUACAAAAAGUAACAGAAUUUGAAUAUUUUCGCCCAUAAGAUAAGGUCGGCAUUAGAACGGACUAUUUGUUAAAUCAUUCUCAACAUAAUUUAACAAGCUGGAAAUCAUGUUCUAGAAUGAAAAUUCUUUGAAAUUCUUGAUGUCGAUUUUAUUAUUAAAUUACUAUUAAUAACCUUAUUAUAAUUUUGAUAAAUCGUAAAAUAUGUGCUCACUUGCCUAUCAGUAUUAAACGCGCUUCUUAAAUGAGUUCCUACAUCGGUGUAAAUAACUAUUUAAAUGAAAUAAAUGAAACAACGGUUGUA